GCUCAGCUGCACUCCUGAACUUCUAUCGAGAACCAAUUCCUUGCUCCAAAGUCACACCGGCUGUCCAUCAUGAGAGGAGAGAUCUGCCACCUUCACAUCGGCCAGGCUGGUACCCAGCUUGGUAACAGCGCCUGGGAGCUGUACCUCCUCGAGCACGGCCUCAAGCAGGAUGGUCGCCCAGAUCCCGAGAAGAAGGAUACCGUCGAUCCUGGAUCGUAUGAGACAUUCUUUACCGAGACUGGAAGCGGAAAAUACGUCCCUCGUUCAAUCUUCGUCGACUUGGACCCAUCGCCUAUUGAUGAGAUUCGCACCGGCGCCUACCGCCAAUUGUUUCACCCUGAGCUUUUGAUCAGCGGCAAGGAAGAUGCUGCAAACAACUAUGCUCGUGGCCACUACACAAUUGGAAAGGAGCUUGUCGACAGCGUUAUCGACCGCAUCCGUCGCGUUGCUGACAACUGCUCCUCCCUCCAGGGCUUCCUCAUCUUUCACUCGUUUGGUGGAGGUACCGGUUCCGGUUUCGGCGCCCUUCUCCUGGAGCGCCUGUCGACUGACUACGGGAAGAAGUGCAAGCUUGAGUUUGCAGUUUACCCGGCUCCCCGUGUGUCUACCGCCGUAGUCGAGCCUUACAAUGCCGUUCUGUCCACCCACAGUACCAUUGAGAACUCCGACUGCACGUUCCUCGUCGACAAUGAGGCUGUCUACGAUAUCUGCCGUCGCAGCCUAGACAUUACCCGUCCCAGCUACGAGCACCUCAAUCGACUCAUUGCUCAGGUCGUCAGCUCCAUUACUUCAUCUCUGCGUUUCGAUGGUGCUCUCAACGUUGAUUUGAACGAGUUCCAGACCAAUUUGGUACCGUACCCGCGUAUUCACUACCCGCUCAUCAGCUACGCACCUGUCAUCUCCAGCCAGAAGAGCACCCACGAGAGCUUUAAGGUCCAUGAUCUUACCUUCCAAUGUUUCGAGCCAAACAACCAGAUGGUGGUCUGCGACCCCCGCAACGGCAAGUAUAUGGCUGUCGCUCUACUGUACCGCGGUGAUGUAGUCCCACGUGAUUGCAACGCUGCUGUUGCUGCUCUGAAGGCUAAGGCCUCAUUUAACCUUGUUGAGUGGUGCCCAACUGGUUUCAAGCUCGGUAUCAAUUACACUAAGCCAAUGGCUGUUCCCGGCAGCGAGCUUGCCGCUGUCGACCGUAGUGUGUCUAUGCUUAGCAACACAACCGCUAUUGCCGAAGCCUGGUCUCGUCUUGACCACAAGUUCGACCUCAUGUACAGCAAGCGUGCCUUCGUUCACUGGUACGUUGGAGAAGGUAUGGAGGAAGGUGAAUUCUCCGAGGCUCGUGAGGAUCUUGCUGCUCUCGAGAAAGAUUACGAGGAGGUGGCCUCUGACAGCCUUGAGGAAGGUGGUGAGGAGGGCGAGUACUAGUAACCUGAUAUUGUUAAAUACCCCGGCUGUCUCUCUUCCGGGCAAAAUCUGGUGUGGACGCCGAUUUGGAGCUCGGUCUAUGCACCAGGGGGUAAUGUGUUAUUCUCACGCGGGAUUAGCGAGUGUCUGGAGUAGCAGAAACUUUUUCGAG